UCUACUGAAAAUUUUGUCACAUAUAAAAAAUUUUAAUGACACUUCAUUACUCUAGGAUGUAAAACUGUUUCCAAUUAUAAAUUGUUAUUGUCUCAAACACAUAUCACUUUUUUGAAGCGUUUCCAAGAAUGACGGGACAAGACAUAUCUGAUAUUAAUAAUUCUUGCCUGCGUGAAAAUUUAGUAAAAGCAGCAGUACAAUUUUUUCAACAUCCUAAAGUUUCAAGAACUCCAUUCAGUAAAAAGCAGGAAUUUCUUAAAAGGAAAGGUUUAACAGAAGAAGAGAUUAAAAGAGCUUGCGAGUUAGUUGGUAUUGAUAUUAAUGAGCAAAGGAAAUUUGACAAUCAAAAUGAUUACACAGCAAUAUCAAUACCAGAUAGACCUCCUUAUCCACACUUCCAAAUGCUGUCCUCUCAGUCCACAUUAUUACAAAAAAUUAAAGAAUUUUUUAACGUCACCGCUGUGAUUGGAGCUACGCUUUAUUGUGUUUAUUGGUUUUAUAAGGAAUUUAUUAAACCAUUUUUAUAUGGUCGUAAGAAAAAAGAUAGUAUAACAGAUUCUGUUAAUGAACUGGAUAAGGCUAUCCAAAGUUCUAUAAAAGAAAUGAAAGAUUCAAUUUCGAAGGUAGAGAUUGAUGUAAAAAGAUUAUCGCAAAAUCAAUCGAUCGACAUAGCAAUACCACAACUUGUACAAGAACUGAAACAAGAACUAUCUAGUCUAAAAGCGCUUCUUCUGUCAAGAAAACAGUUUCCCAGUGCUCCAGCAUCUAUUCCAUCAUGGCAAUUAGGCACAAGUACAGUUCAAGAAAAAGCAACAGAAAGAGAAGAUGAUGCUGGAAGUGGAAGUAGCACUAAUAAUUCAGAUAGUUCUUUGGAAAUUGUACGAGACGAUCCACCUAAAGAUUAAAUAUAAAACAAAACAAAACAAAAAAUUA